GUUAUCACUGUCACAGUCACACUUCUUAAGUUAAUGCAUGUACCUGAACUCUGAAAGCGGAUAAUGAAUACCAACGGAACAAAACAGCGUCAAUUCAUACCAGGCAUGCACCCAAAGACCGGUAGCCGAUUACGCAAGUCUAUGUGGUUCCUUUGUGAUAGAGAGAUACCAAUGUUCGUCACAAGACCUGUGACCGCGUACGUCAUAGGAAACGCGCUGGGUUAUAUAAAGGGAGGCCCGGGAGCCCAGUCUACCAACUUGCUCGAUCGACAAUCUCAUCAACCGUUCUUGGCACGAAACACCACUCGAGAGGAGAAAACAGACAGACUGCAAACAUGAUCGUGACGAUGAAGAUGAUACUGCCGCUGCUGAUGGGAGCGUGCUUGGCUGCAGCUUUGCCGCUUCCAGAAGAACCAGAGACCUUUGACAAUGCUACGAUGGAUCUAAGCCCCGAUGGAAUGCCCGUUUUUGAAGUUAUCUUCAUGGAGCCUACCUAUGAAGAUAUGGAAAAGUUUGGAAAGGAAGAUGAGGUGGAAAGCAUGGAGUCGAUUUUGGAUCUGAAUGCACAGAUUACGUCAGGUGUGCAGAACGUCAUCAUGGAAGGAGACGUUGUCGUGGGAUUUAACGUCAAUGAAUAUAACACGACGCGCCCUCUCGAAAACGCCGCUCGAAACCGAAACAGACGCUGGCCAAACGGUGUGGUGCCUUAUUUCAUCGACAAUUCCUUCGAUAGCGGCGCUAGAGGGCGCAUCUUGGGCGCCGUUCAGAGAUACCACCAGACCACGUGCCUGCGAUGGGUGCCACGGACCAAUCAGCGAGACUACGUGCAUAUUGUGCCAAGACAGGGGUGUUUCUCGGCCGUGGGUCGGACGGGCGGGCGCCAGGAGCUGUCAGUAGGAGGCACCUGCAAUUUCGCCCGAGGGAUUAUCAUGCACGAGAUGAUGCACGCUGUGGGCUUCCAACACGAGCAGACGCGAACGGACCGGGACCAGUUUGUCACCAUCUUUUUCCAGAACAUACAACGGGGGCUGGAAUAUAACUUCCAGCGCUACAGCUCCGCUGUCAUUGACAACCUCCAGACCAGGUACGACUACGCCUCCAUCAUGCAUUACCCACGCAACGCUUUCAGCGCCAACGGCCGCGAUACCAUCGUACCGCGCCAGGCUGGCGUGUCCAUCGGGAACAGGAACGACUUCAGCACCACGGAUAGAGUCAAGCUCAACCGCUACUACGAAUGCGAUGGUACAACGACUGGAACUGGAACCGGAACCGGCGGUGAUUGCACUGAUAACAACGUCAACUGCCAGUACUGGGCCAGCGUCGGCGAGUGCCAGAGAAACCCCAACUACAUGACCGUCAACUGCCGCCGUAGCUGUCGACUCUGUGGCGCCGGUUCACCCAUCACCACACCAGCCUCCGUUUGCAUGGAUAUGAACGAGCGCUGCGGAGAGUGGGCCGACCGAGGCGAGUGUCGAAACAACCCAGAUUGGAUGUUGCCCAACUGCGAACGGAGCUGUAACGUAUGCACACAAAGCUCUGACGAAAGCUGCGUGGAUCUGAACGAGAACUGCGACAUGAUGGCCGUCAACGGCGAGUGCGACAUCAACGGCGAGUACAUGAACGAGUACUGCCGCAUGAGCUGCGGCGUCUGCGACGUGACCGGGGAGGGAUCCACGGACGACGGGGCUGGUGGCCGUGGCGGCGUGGACACGGUCAAACUGCAACUCACUUGCCUGGUGCUUGAGGCUGCCAUGGUUUAUGUGGCUUUCCUUAGGCAUUGACGAUCUCGUUUUAUUUGAUUUAUAUAUUGCACUUAUUUGUUGCUUGUAUUAUAAUCGUCGAAGUAGAUGUUGGGUCAGAUUUUAAUACCGUUUUUGGUCGAACAGAGCAGUACUUAUUUUUAGGUUUUGGUCAAGCCUCGUGGCGCUGAUCCAGAACAUUGUUUUGUAAAGAAAAAAAUAUGUUAAUUUUGCUAAGGCCUUAACCACCGCCAACUUGUAUUUUAGGGACCCAUUUAAAUUAGAGUGAAUCAACAAGAGAAUUGGACUUCAAAUCUAACUAUUCGAAGUUAUUCAGAGAAGUAUGUUUGGAUUAGCCUAAUAAAUUGUUUGAUAUGACAGACAAUUAAGCAGUGCCAAGAAAAUUUAUAUUGAACAAAACUAGUGAACUGUCAAAGACGAAAAGUAAAAUUUGUUCAGUGUGUCAUCUAAGUGUCCUUAACAGUGGUCAACUCCGCAGUUAAUAUUUAGAUCUAAAUAUAAUUGGAUAUAAAAUGAACACAUCAUGACAACAUGCAGUCAUUGGAGGGACACGUGGACAAAGUGUCACACCCACAUCUCCAUGGCCGUUCUGCCAUUGCAUGAUUAAAAUACCGCCCUCUCGUGAAAACUGUCGCGGAAUAUGAAUGCAAAUUUAAUACGAGUUGAACUGCUUCGCAUCCAAGACCCUUUAUAAAGGUACUUAUUAUUGUCAUUAAUAAACCCUUGCAUACAAAUUUUCUAUGAUUUGUACUUUUUGUAGAUGCCAAAUAUUAUUUUAAAACAAUAAAGCAUGGUGAUUUGAUCAACCAAA